CGGAGUGGCGCAGGGAAUGGUGCAUUCUCGAAGAUAUUUGGUACAAAUGGCAUUUUCGUUAAAGUCGUUGUCUCGUCGGUCUUCGCCGUUGGGUUUUAUCUCAGAGCGAUCAGUUGAUUACGCGGCUGCGAACUGAUGGCGUCUGGCGGCGGAGCUGGAAAUGCGGGAGGAGGAGCGGCGGCGCUCGGGGCAGGAGUUGAGUGGCACCUAAGGCCGCAAGUCCCGAAGAAUCCUGUUGUCUUCUUCGACAUAACCAUCGGGAACAUCCCUGCUGGUCGUAUCAAGAUGGAGCUCUUCGCCGACAUUGCUCCCAAAUCCGCCGAAAACUUCAGGCAGCUAUGCACUGGCGAGUUUAGGAAAGCAGGAAUUCCGCAAGGGUUUAAAAACUCUCAGUUUCAUAGGGUGAUCAAGGAUUUUAUGAUUCAAGGUGGUGAUUUUCUGAAGAAUGAUGGAAGUGGAUGUGUAUCCAUAUAUGGAAGUAAGUUCGAGGAUGAAAACUUCAUUGCAAAGCACACUGGUCCAGGUUUAUUAUCCAUGGCAAAUAGUGGGCCAAAUACGAAUGGAUGUCAGUUCUUCGUCACCUGUGCAAAAUGUGACUGGCUUGAUAACAAACACGUUGUCUUUGGGCGAGUACUUGGAGAUGGUCUUUUAGUGGUGAGGAAGAUUGAGAAUGUGGCAACUGGACCUAACAACAGACCAAAACUGCCAUGUGUUAUUGCUGAAUGUGGGGAGAUGUAACACAAUUUGUCCAACUUUUCAAUCACAAAUUCAUACUGGUUGUUAGCAGCACUUGAUUGCAGGAGCAAUUAGAGUAAUCUGUCAAGAUGUAAGGAGUAUAACAUGAGAGAGGAUAGCUGUUUGAUAUACAAUUACAAUGUUGCAUUAUGUGAAGCCCAACUUCAUUAAAAUCGUAAUGAAGACUAUAUACUUUUUUUUUU